AAGCAUUAAUACAGUGUUUGCGUACUGAAAUUCUGAGAUUGACUCACCGAACAUAAACAGAAGGCAUCUACCAUGGAUGGAUUUGAAGAUUUGAGGCGUUUCCAGUUGGAAAAUGAAGACGAAGCCCUGGCCAAAGUACUAAAAAUGUCCAAACCAGAAGACUCUCCAACUCCCUCAUCUUUGGUGCAGGAUUUUCAAACACAAGAUGAUGAUGAAGAUCAAAUAUUAGCUAGAGCUGUGGCUCUUUCUUUAGAAACACCAGAGAACACACAAUCUGCUUCUCCCCUUUGUUUGCCAAACAACUACCACUGGAAUGCGCAUGCGGGAAGGACGACAAAGACAGGCGAUCAGAGGAGUUCUCUAAGAGUGGUCGAGGAAGGACUUGAACAACUCAGGAGAGUUAAAGGCCCAGUGUGCGUGGUAUCCAUCGCUGGUCCUUACAGAAAGGGGAAGUCCUAUAUAUUAAGCCAAGCUUUUGACCAACCAGACGUUUUUCCUCUUGGACAUAAAAUGGAGGCUGAGACUAUGGGAAUCUGGAUAUGGAUUGUUCCAGAAAAAUUCAAGAAUUCCAAUGGACAAGAAUUCACAGUGGUGUUACUGGACUCUGAAGGGAUUGACGCCACAAAUAGUGAAAACACCGAUGACCAUCAGAUCUUCACUUUAACAGUCUUGUUAGCGUCCGUGUUGAUAUACAAUUCGCAAGGUGUUCCGACACGAAGUGAUGUAGAGAAACUGGACUACAUAGUAAAACUUUCCAAAAGAAUUCAGACGCGAUCCACCGUCUCUGGUGCGUAUAGUCCAUCGCAAAACAGCGAGUUUUUCCAUAAAACAUUUCCCUAUUUCAUCUGGCUGCUUAGAGAUGUAACACAGUCUAUACCAGAUGACUGCGAGAACAUCAAAGAAUAUUUCUUAAAAAAGGUUUUUAAAGGACACGUUUCAUCAGAUGCGGAUAAUAAAACCGAGGAAGGAGUAGCUGGGAGCAUCUUACGUUUCUUUCCUGGCUUCGAUGCCUUUAUGUUGCCACCUCCAGCAGUUGAUCCUGAGACAAUGAAAAGUUUAAACCAGACAAAAAGAAAAGUGAAUCCUUCGUUCUGGUGUGGCUUGGAGAGGUUUAAAAGCUUAUUGAGGGACACUUUAUCCCCUAAACGCAGCUUCAAUGAUGCAGAGUUCGUCACAGGCGAAGGUCUCGCAGCUAUGGUUCAGCUCUACGUCGACGCAAUAAAUGCUCCUGAUGCUAUUCCGAAUGUUCAAAGCGCAUGGGAGACGUUUGUCGAAGGCAAAUGCGCUGAAGCAAAACAGUCUACUCUGCAAAUGUAUGAUGCACUUAUGACGGCCCGAUUAUCGGAUGCGUUACCUCGCAGAAAUAAUGAUAUUCGUAUGUGCCAUAACGAUGCUCUUGAGCAAUGCGAGGAUCAGUUGAUGAUGGAACUUGCUGGAAUUUCUACAAAUUCAGUUGAAAUGACAACUAGAGAGUUUCAGUUAUCAGUCGAAGCAAAACUGCUCUCUUGGCUGACUAAAAACGAAGAGCUGACGAGAAAAUCCUGCGAAAUUCUCUUACGAGACCUAAAAAAGAAUCAUUUGGACCCUGUAUUUGAGAAACUUUUGGGUGAGGAACGAGACAAAAUAUCAUUUGAAGACAUAAUUGGUGGAUAUCAGAGAGUUAAGGACGAUUUCCAUCAGUAUGCAGAGGGAGCUGAAGACGUUAUCGCCGCUGUAUUUUUGGAGCUUCAUAAAGAUCUGCUGAAGGAAAAGGAGCAAUAUCUGGGGAUACUGGCACAAUUAAAAGACUUUGACGAGGAGCGGAGCCGAGAAUUGGCUGCCAGGGCAUAUCAAGAACAGGAGAGAAAAAAGCUAGAGGAACAGCAGGCACGUCUUCAACAAGAAAAUCUUGAACAGAAGAAACAGAUGGAAAUGUUGAUUAGAAAUCUUGAUGAAGAAAAGAGACGCUUUGCUGACCAAAUGAAAGGCGAACGCCAGGCGCAUCAAGAUCAAAUCCAAAAUAUGAUGGAAGCAAGUAUGAGACAAGCCCAAGAGGAACGCCAGGCAUUCAUGAGGGAAAACGAAGCUUUACAAGAAAGGUUCCUGGCAUUCCAAGAACGCAACGAAGAAAACAUGAAAAUGGUUCAAAAUAUGUCUGAUCGAGCCGCCCAGCAACAGAAAGAAAGAGAGGCUCUUCGUCAAAAGAUGAAGGAUCAAGCUGAUCAAGACAAGGACGAUUUAGUUAAAGCGUUGAAUGAAAAACACGAUGAAGAAAUGAAGGCUCUACGGGAUGAAUUGAACACAAAGUCAAAUGAGAUGCCUGAGCAAGUUCCACAGGAUAAAUUGAAGAGUGGUGAAACAGCUGAAUUGAUUGAUAGACGAACCAGAGAAGCAGAAGAGCGGCAAAGAAACAUAGCAAAGACUCGAGAGAGACAACAAGAAGUAGAAAAACCAGGAUUUUGGAAGAAAGCGCUUAAAGGUGUAGGGAAAAUUGUGCCUUUGGUUGGUACAGCUGUUUCUGCGAUUGUACCGACUAUAGCACCGAUUGCUGCACCAGUUGCUGCCGCCGUCGGUGCUGUGUGUCAUUUUGUUUCUGAUCACGUUUGCAGUAUAAUGUAAUCAGUUGUGUAUGUAGCUCGCCUUGAUAGCAAAAAA